UGUCUUCUGUGUGAACUGUGUUGGCUGUUAGAUCGUCCUGUACUCUGCACACUGCUGACUUCUCUUCUGUUGACCCUGCUCUGCAAAGCUAAAGACUUUGAAGAUGAGGGUGUGGAUCAUCUUCCUCCUGUGCCUGGCUGGACAUGCCAUGGCUGCUCCUGCUGUGGAGGACGCCAUCAUGGAAGAGCUGGUAACCGAGGAGCCAGUUGCUGAGGAGGUCGAGGUGGGGGCCAACCCAGUGCAGAUUGAGAUCGGAGAGUUUGAUGAGGCCAUCGAGGUUGUUGAAGAAGAAGAAGAAGUUUUCACUGAGAAUCCCUGCCUGGAGCAUCACUGCAAGAAGGGCAAAGUGUGCGAGGUCGAUGAGAGCAACACCCCCAUGUGUGUGUGCCAGGAUCCCUCCAGCUGCGCCCCUGCCGAGGGAGACUUUGAGCAUGUUUGCGGCACCGACAACAAGACCUACGACUCCUCUUGCCACUUCUUUGCCACCAAGUGCGCCCUGGAGGGAACCAAGAAGGGCCACAAGCUGCACCUGGACUACAUCGGACCCUGCAAAUACAUCGAGACCUGCCUGGACUCCGAGCUGAGCGAGUUCCCGCUGCGUAUGAGGGACUGGCUGAAGAACGUCCUGGUGACUCUGUUCGAGCGCGACGAGGACAACAACCUGCUGACCGAGAAGCAGAUGCUCAGAGUGAAGAAGAUCUUUGAGAACGAGAAGAGGCUGCAGGCCGGCGAGCACUCUCUGGACCUGCUGGCCCACGACUUCGAGAAGAACUACAACAUGUACAUCUUCCCCGUCCACUGGCAGUUCGGACAGCUCGACCAGAACCCCGUCGACGGGUACCUGACCCACACAGAGCUCUCCCCCCUGCGCGCCCCUCUCAUCCCCAUGGAGCAUUGCACCCCCCGCUUCUUCGAGGAGUGCGACGCCGACAAAGACAAAUACAUCGCCCUGGAGGAGUGGGCCAACUGCUUUGGCAUCAAGGAGCGUGAGUACUGACCGUGUGAAGAAACA